AUGUCACACUAAUGGUGGAGAGGAGCUUGAUCGUUACCCAAGCAACCCCGUAAAUCAAUGGCUGGCAUCUAUGGCGGUCUGGCCAAUCAGAGUCGGAGCAUUGUGGGGCGAUUUUUUACCUCCCAAGUUCGAGCUGUCACCCCAACAUACCGCUUUACCCAACAUCCACCUUUUCCUGAUGCUGCUGCGAUUUCAACGAGACAUUUAAAAUGUUGGUCUAAUUUUGGACAUUUUCCUGUUUCUUUGGUUUGGAAAAGAAUGGCUCCGUCUCCAGUGCUCCCUCUUCUCUGAGUGUGAACGUCAGCAGCCUCUGGUGCUGGUGGGGCUUUGGAGGUUGAUGGCGAGGUUCCAGUUGGCCCGCUUCAAAGUGAGCUGGACGGGGCUUUUGGCCCUGGCCCACCUCACCUACCUGCUGGUCGGGGCCACCAUCUUCCAGAUUCUGGAGCGAGAGGCUGAGAGCAACAACCGCAACCACUUCCAGCUGGAGAAGCUGCACUUCUUGGCCAAUUACACGUGUCUGGACGGACCGGCCCUGGAGAAGUUUGUUCAGGUGAUUUUGGAUGCCUGGGAAAAAGGAGUGAAUCCUUCUGGCAACUCUACAAACCCCAGUAACUGGGAUUUCAGCAGCUCCUUCUUUUUUGCAGGCACCGUAGUCACAACUAUAGGCUAUGGUAACCUCUCCCCCAGCACCGUGUCCGGUCAGGUGUUCUGCGUGUUUUACGCGCUCUGUGGCAUCCCGCUGAAUCUGGCAUUCCUCAAGCAGAUGGGGAAGUGUCUCACCAUCCACCUGGGUCGACUGAAGAGGGGGAUGGUCUCAGUUGUUCCACACAAGCAAACAGUGGAGUGUCUAGCAGUGAGUUUCUUCUUCAUCAGUGGCAGCCUGCUGUUUCUGGUCAUCCCUCCCCUGCUCUUCAGUUAUGUGGAAGGCUGGACAUUCGGCGAGGGUUUCUAUUUCACCUUCAUUACACUCAGCACCAUCGGUUUUGGAGAUUAUGUGGUGGGGACUGACCCGGGUAAGGAGUACAUCUCUCUGUACCGGAGCCUUGCAGGUAUAUGGAUCAUUUUUGCGUUGGCUUGGCUCGCCCUCAUCCUCAACAUGGGAUCCAGAGUGAUGGAGCAUGUGGUUGUCCUGACUCACCCGGGCUUUAAGAAACAACAGGAGGAGGAGGAGGACGCGUCGUCCUGCAAACUAGAGGACACGUCAAAGAUCUAACUAUGGACUGUGCAAUAGACUGUAAUAUUCACUAGGUAGAACAUAUUUUGUGUGAUUGUGUUUACUGUACAUAUUGUGAUAAGAAAACAGGUGUCGCAUCAUUUUAUAUAUUACCAAAACUGUUGUAUAUUUGUGUUUCCAUAUUUAUUCCUUCCUAUACAUACUUUGCUUCAUGUUUCACCUGACAAUGAUUGUUUUGAUGUAUUACCGGAUGCCAUGGGCUCAUAAAUACAUGACAGGUUUUUGUUUGACAGUUCUACCUCAGUUACACCAGAGUCAGUGCAGAAGAUCACGACCUGAAUUCAUUUCUAACGACGAAACUUGAAGACAUUUCAUCACAAUGUGGCCAAGACAUGUUCAUUCACCUAAAAUGUACUGAUAAGUGUUUACUCACAUCGCCUGUAUGAUCUGAAGUGGAAAAUGCAGUUAGAAAACAAGGA